GGAUGUUGCUGGCGUUAUUUCAGAUAUAUGCUUUGGUGUUGGUACAGGUAGCAACGCUUAUUAUCACCAUUCCGUUUCAUGCCAUACCCAUUGUGGGAACAUUUAUCUACUGCUAUCUUAAUGGGUGGGUAAUGACAUGGGGCCAUCAAUUGCACUACCAUUUGGAAAUAAAAGAACUAAGCAUAAAUCAAUCACGAAAGUUAGCGUGGAGAAAUCGCGAUGAUUACAUUUUAUUCGGAAUGGUGGCCGUGGCACUUGAACUAAUACCAAUAGCGAAUUUCAUUUUCUUCUGGACAAAUGUAGUUGGUGCCGCGUUAUGGACGGCUGAUGUUCUUAUCGAAGAACGCAGAGAUGCAUUAAACCGGUCAAUUGGAUUUACAGCCCCAUUCUUGGACGAAGAAGCUGCCAGAAUAGAUUAUCAAACUGUGCCGAGGAUAGAUGGUGAUUCUAAUACUCACUAUGGGGCAACCUCUAGAUAA